AGUGAAUAAACACACAAAAUCUUUCAUCAUUUUUCAUGCAUUGUCUUGAUUUGUUUUGUCAAAAUCUAGUAUCUUUUGUUGUUUUUAUAAAAUCAUAUUGCAAUCGAUAGAAGACUGCGUUAAAAAACGAUUUUCGUCGAACAAACCUUAAAAUGGAAUCCAAAUACCACAAUGUCAGCGAUAUUCAUGUGGUUAUCAAAGAUUGUUUCGGUAUGGUCAGCAAUUAUUUCAACAAUUCAAAUGCAUCGGCUCUGAAUGAAAGUCAAUAUUUCGAUGCAAAUGAUAAUCAAUACAGCGGUUGUUCAAUCAAGCUAUCGGUGUCGCCGCAACAAAAUAUCACAUGUGCACCCGACAUCGUUGACAAUAUUGAAUUAAAUGAACCACCUCUACUUGAAGAGCUGGAAAUCUAUCCUGGGCAGAUCAAAGAGAAAGCAAUGAUAUUCAUGAAUCCAUUUCUCUCCAAUCAAUUGGCGAAUGAGCACUUUUUGAUCGACACCGAUUUAUUUGGUCCGAUUUUCUUUUGCUUUUUGUUCGGCGCAUGUUUGUUUUUGGCGGGAAAGGUCUUCAUUUUCAGUCAUUUGUACGCUUUAUCAAUGGUAUCGGUGCUGGGAAUGUAUAUAUUGUUGAAACAAAUGUCUUAUGGUCAUCAAGAGCAUUUCAUAACCAUCAAAGGGGUUGCGAGCGCAUUGGGCUAUGGAAUGUUGCACAUGGUUUGGUUUUCAAUUAUCGGCAUUUUCUUCAGUCUCAAUACAAUGAAUUCAUUCUCAAUAUUGGCCGGAAUAAUCGCAGUGUGUCUGUCAACUUUUCAAACGGCACGCAUUUUGGGCAUCAUGUCAAAUCAAUCGAGCAACGGCGCACUCAUCGCUUAUCCAACGGCCAUCAUUUAUAUUUUAUUCACAUUUUUGGUCAUUUUUUGAAAAAAUGAAAAACAUCACAUUUUAAGCUGAUAGCAACCAUUUUAGUCGUUCAAUAAACAUUCAUUUUACAAAAAACGGUAUUUUUUUAACUCUAAAAAGUAAGUUUAUUUCGAAAAAAAAACGAGAGAGAAAAAUG